GUUAGCUCUUGUCUGGAUCCAUGAUGGCCGCCUGACAAGUUUUCCGAUUUCCCUAAGUUACACUGUUUAUAUCAAAUAAUGCAUUAUUUCGCCAAUGAACUUAAAUAAUAGGUUUUUUCAGGGCCACAAUAUCGUUUUGACACGCGUUUUACGAACCGCUCCAACCCGCUAAGGCGAGAAGACUCGAUCCAGUGGAUGCUAUAUGUUUCAGAAUCUAUUGUGUUCUAGUGGGCUUCACUCUCGUACGAAGCGACCGAGUUGUUGGAUUUGAGUUGUGUUAUCUUGAAGUCCUGAGUUGACGACACAGUGGCAAUCUUAUUUCGAUGACAAGCUAUACUGCUACCCUUAAAUCAAAUUUUUCACUGUGCAUACUCUUUGUUGAUAUCUCAUUUUAUUUUAACCACACUUCACCAAAUUCUUGUGAUGAUGGCAGCUAAUAAUGUGAAUUCAAACCAUAGCUCAGCUCCCUUGUCGAGAUCAAAUGCCAAUUUUACUACCAAGACAAAUGAACAAACAAAUGCCAUGGAUAUAGAGCAGCUUCAGCACAUGAUUAAUUGCACAGUGAAGAAAAACCCCAAAGCGGAGCUAAGCAAAUCUGACUUGCUUCGUUUACUGGGCUACCUUGAAGGGGAGCUACAAGCCCGAGAUGUAGUGAUUGCAGCCCUAAAGGCUGAGCGUGUUAAACAGCAGGUCAGCCAUGCUCGUUAUGGCCGUAUUUUACCCGUCAACGACCCGUUCGUCGCCCUCCAACGUGAUUCACGCUCUGUCACCGUUGGCGGCUCGUCUACCGAUGAUACGGCUCUUUUAAAAGCUGUUACCGAAGGGCCAAUGGCAGCUCUAGAAGCCCUCGUAGUCCAACACCGAAACUCUCAUGUUAAUCUCAUUCAAGCCAUGCAAGACGCCGAGGCACGCCACUCACUGCUGCUUCGUGAAUUAGGCGACGAGAGAAGGAAGCAUGAGCAUGACACUGCCCAAGGUGACGACAUCACUUAAGGACUGGAAAAAGAACGGACGAGACUUCGAGAGGAAUUGGAAGUGGU